ACUUAUUCUGAACGAAACGACACAACUCUAUUCAGUUCAUUUUCGGUUUUUGUACGCAGCGGAGUUACUCAUAUGUCAGUUUCGAGGCGUUCGACACAAAAAUUAAAAACUAAUUUAUAGUUAAAGACGCGCUGCAAACAACAUACAUAUGUAAGCUGCUAUAAACAACAAUAAAAAAAACAAGUACACUUGAAGCAAAAAGCGUCAACAAAGUGAUUACGAAUUUUUGAACGACAGCAACAACAACAACAACAACAACUCCCCUGCUGCCAGAGAAAGCGAACGAGCCGAGUGAACGAGAAACAGGCAGAGAGAGAGAGAGAGAGCGAGAGAGUAAAAGAGAGAGCGGAAGAGCUUAUAGUGUGUGAGCCAUUGAGAGUGCCUAAUAAAUCCGCUUAGUAAUCGAGAAUUCGAGCAAUCGAGAGUCCUCCCCCCCAAUCAAGAUGAGCAAGAAACCGACAGCCGGGCCGGCGCUGCACAAGGUCAUCAUGGUGGGCAGCGGAGGCGUUGGCAAAUCGGCCCUCACAUUGCAGUUCAUGUAUGAUGAAUUUGUGGAGGACUACGAGCCCACCAAGGCCGAUAGCUAUAGGAAAAAGGUUGUGCUCGAUGGCGAGGAAGUACAAAUAGAUAUACUAGACACAGCCGGCCAGGAGGAUUAUGCAGCCAUCAGAGAUAAUUAUUUUCGCAGCGGCGAGGGUUUCCUCUGUGUCUUCUCAAUCACAGACGAUGAAAGCUUCCAGGCCACCCAGGAAUUUAGAGAACAAAUAUUGCGGGUGAAAAAUGAUGAGAGCAUACCGUUCCUGCUGGUGGGUAACAAAUGCGAUCUGAAUGACAAACGCAAGGUACCGCUUAGCGAGUGCCAAUUGAGGGCACAACAGUGGUCGGUGCCCUAUGUGGAGACCUCGGCCAAGACACGCGAGAAUGUGGACAAGGUAUUUUUUGAUUUGAUGCGCGAAAUAAGAUCACGAAAAACCGAAGAUUCGAAAGCCACGAGCGGGCGUGCUAAAGAUAGAUGCAAGAAGCGGAGACUUAAGUGUACCCUACUUUAGGCAUUAGGUAUUUUUCGAUCUAAUCAGGGAUAUAUCAUCACGUAAAAAACAACGUCAGAUGGACGUGAAAGAGCCGACAAAGCCUUCUCCAUGCUGCCAAUUGUUGUAAGCAUCCAAGAACGACAA